ACUCUUGAUUAACCAAUCGACAUCUAGUAUGAGUCAUCCGUGAACGGCCGAAGUGUCGAACGCCCUCCGGCCAGCGCCAGCACGCAGCACGGCAGCACGGCAGCACGCAGCACGUCUCGUCAUUCGUCGCCUACUCGCCUCACGCCCGUCGCUUGGUCGCCUGCAUUCCACCACUUACCCUUCGACGGUUCGGCCAAUCCGCGCUUCUCAAUAGUCACCUUCCUACCUUCUGUAGUUUCGACUUGGGUGCAUGCCAAUUUCAGUUUCUUUGUACGGCGGCUUGAGCACGGUUAAAGCUUGAGUCUUGGAUUCAAAAUAAUCUACUUGGGAUUCUACAACAAUCGAAUGGAGUCUAUGUAAUUUAAUCGAUGGUGAAGUACUGACUCCUGAAGCAAGAAGCUUCAGAGUGUAGGAGUGUUGUUUUGGAAGGAGUCUUUGGAGAUCGCUUAAUUCCAUCCUCUGCAGCUAGAAGGAAGAGCCAACACACAACUCUUUUCACAUUUGCAGUAAUCAAGCAUUCAGAAUAUGACAAUAGACUGUCUGAUUUUAGGGGCAGGCCAAGAAGUGGGGAAGAGUUGCGUGGUGGUGACUAUGAAUGGAAAGAGGAUAAUGUUUGACUGUGGCAUGCACAUGGGCUUUUUGGAUCAUCGUCGCUAUCCCGAUUUCUCUCUCAUCUCUCAGUCUGGAGAUUUCACUAGUGCCCUAUCUUGCAUCAUUAUCACCCAUUUCCACUUGGAUCAUAUAGGAGCUCUUCCAUAUUUCACUGAAGUUUGUGGGUAUAAUGGUCCCAUAUACAUGACGUAUCCCACAAAAGCCCUUGGUCCGCUAAUGCUUGAAGAUUACCGGAAAGUAAUGGUUGAUAGGAGGGGAGAAGAAGAGCAAUUUACUGCAGAACACAUUGUGGAAUGCAUGAAUAAAGUUAUAGUAGUGGAUCUGAAGCAGACUGUGCAGGUCGAUGACAAUCUACAGAUUCGAGCAUACUAUGCAGGGCAUGUCCUUGGAGCAGCAAUGUUCUAUGCUAAGGUAGGAGAUGCCACUAUGGUAUAUACAGGGGACUACAACAUGACACCUGAUAGACAUCUUGGGUCUGCCCAAAUUGACCAUUUGCCGUUGGACCUUGUUAUAACCGAGUCAACUUAUGCAAAUACUUUCCGUGAUUCAAAGUAUGCUCGUGAAAGAGAGUUUCUGCAAGCUAUUACCAGUAUUGUCAAAUGUGGAUGUAUGAUUAGAAUCAAGUUUUGCAUGUGAUAUGAAGAAGCUAUUUGAUAAAGCACCUAAGGCAAAUCUUUGGUUCACAGUUGUGUUGCUGCUGGGGGGAAGGUGCUAAUUCCUACAUUUGCCCUGGGCAGAGCUCAGGAAAUAUGUAUGCUGCUGGAUGACUAUUGGGAGCGCAUGAAUCUUCAAGUUCCUAUAUAUUUUUCUGCAGGAUUGACUGUCCAAGCUAAUAUGUAUUACAAGAUGCUCAUUAACUGGACCAGCCAAAAGGUGAAAAGCACAUCCACCACAUGCAAUCCAUUUGAUUUUAAAAAUGUAUGCAGUUUUGAUCGAUCAUUAGUUAAUGCUUCUGGGCCUUGUGUACUCUUUGCUACUCCGGGAAUGAUAAGUGGAGGGUUCUCACUUGAAGUUUUUAAGCAGUGGGCUCCAUGUGAAGAUAACCUCAUUACUCUUCCUGGAUAUUGUGUAGCCGGGACCAUAGGGCAUCAAUUGAUGUCAGCGAAAACACCCUCCAGAAUCAGAAUGGAAGGAGGGACCCACAUUGACGUGCGCUGUCAGAUCCAUCAGCUGUCUUUCAGCCCACACACUGAUGCCAAGGGAAUCAUGGACUUGGUUAAAUUUCUUUCACCCAAACAUGUGAUACUUGUACAUGGUGAGAAACCGAAGAUGGCAUUACUGAAGGAGAGGAUUCAAAUGGACUUGCAAAUCCAGUGUUACGAUCCUGCAAAUAAUGAGACUGUGUGUAUUCCUUCAACUCAUUACAUACAAGUGGAUGCCACAGAUACCUUUGUCAAAAGUUUGGUAACCCCAAAUUUCAAGUUCCUAAAUAGCAGUUCUAAAACAGAUUCUAGUCUAAAUGGAAUCGAUCCGAGGCUCAAUCAUGUGUUACAAGUAUGUGAUGACAGAGUCGGCCAAGGGGUACUAGUUAUGCAGACCAACCAGAAACCAAAGGUUGUACAUGAGAAUGAGAUGAGAGCAAUGCUCGGAUUAGAAAGCUAUGAAGUGAGAUUCGCUUACUGUUUUCCUGUGGUGCUGUCUUUUUCUGAGGAUGACACCAACCAAAGCUACGCCGACUUACAUGUUUGGCUUCAGUUAUUGUAUGCAAAACUGGCAGGAGGACUCAAAGAUUUGACCAUUGUGAACAACAUGGAACAUCUUCGAGUAGAGUCAUUUGUUAUUGUUAUUUGCUUGAAGGAAAAGUGCUCUCACAGAGUCGAUAGUGGCAAUGCCCAGUGCACAUCUAAGUCGGUGCAUUUUUGCUGCAGUUGGUCACUGGUGGAUGAGAAGCUUGCUUGGAGAAUCAUCUCCUUCAUGAAAAAUCUGGAGCUGAUAACUGUGCCUAAGUUGGUUUAAAAAAUAGAGUAUGAUUAUUGAUUUGUUUUGCUGAAUAGGAAUUCUUUGUUGUACGAUCUCCAGAUAAUAAGUUUACAUUUCUUUUUUUAAUUGCUUGGAGAAUCAUGUAUCUGCUUGUUGUGCAAUCUUUUUAUAUUGCAUGCUUUUAUUUAUUUCCUGUAUCUUAAUGUAUCGAUAUUCAUUAGAAAUUAAAGUAUCAAUUCCAUAAUAUUUUGUAGAAUAGAACAAUAAAGGAACAAC